AUGCCCGGUCUGCAGGCUGAUGCCAAAAAAGAAGAAACAUCAAAAAAGCAGCCCCAUUCAGGGGUUGAAAGCAAAAAGCUUUUGCUACUUCCUGUUGAUAAAGCGAAGAUCCAGCUAGAUGUACUCACAUACUUCUCAGAGUCUGCCUACUACACUGCUUUUGUUGCCUUCAAAAAAGAAAUAAAUUCAACUUUUGAGCCAUCUCCUCUGCUAAAGGAAAGAGAGGAAAUAAGGAUUUUUGCAGCAGAUGGAAAAUUCCUUAAAGUACUUGCAGCCACACAGAAGCUGCUCCCGUGCCUUUUAUUCAACACGCCAGGCAUGGCGUUUGAAGUCAUAAAGCAAGACAUCCUUGAAGACAUGUACAUUCGGAAUAGGUCAGAGGGCAGUGCUCUUGUUCGCAUUGAGAAAGAGCUGUCUCCAAUUGUCUUAGACCACCCAGACCUUCUUCCAAACCUUGAGGACCUGGUGAGUUCUAUUCUAUUUGGAGAGUCCUCCCAGGAAGAGGUGAUAAUUCGCAGAGAUGCCAUAUUCACCAGUAUUAACCAGCUUCUUUUGAUGUCUGUUGACUAUGUCAUACAAAACUCGAUUAAAUCCUUGCUGAUGGGGGUAUCUUCUGCUUUAGAAAUGCCAGAAGUCACCGUGCUAUCCAAGAACUGCAAGAUGCUGCACGGUAUUUUGGAGAGCCUUACAUCAUAG